CGGCUUUCAUUCGUCACGCGACAACCGUAUAGUAUAAUAUUGGUACGCGCGACGACGUCACCCGCGCACGUCGCCGCCGCCGCCAGACUCGUGUCCCGUUCAACUCUCCGAUCGCGCGAUCUCGUAACUUGUUUUUUACUUUACUUUCGGCCGGCCGACAAGUCGCACGCGACCGACUGUAACUCACGACUAUAAUAUACUUUACAAUAUAAUACAGUUAAAGCGAGUUAUUAUUAUCGAUACGUUUUAUAGUAAUAAUAUCGCCAUCCGACGGUUGAUGUACACGUUUCCGCGGCCAAGUGACAAAAUAUUAUUAUUAUUAUUAAACCUGUGAACUGGGUAUACCAUACUUGCUGUGCACACUUUACACGAUUUGUCUCCAAUGGGAUCGCAAUAGUCAUCGCGGUGUUGCUCCUGCGGGGACCAUUAUGUUGUCGACUCAGGAUGUUCAUGACGUGAAGUCUUCGGCUGCUGCAGUACGGCGUUCGUCGCGAAUCUCUCGCUUGACGUACCUGGUCUACUGCGUGUUCCAACUCGCCAUUUUGGGAACAGUAGCGUCCAAAAUUGACGGAGGAUGGGAUACGGAGCCGAACACACAGUACCAUAUACAGACGGACGAGGGGCCCGAAAGGUAUUUCAAGUAUCAGACCAUUAGUGGUCAGUACCGUAAAGAGAGGCGACUACAAGAUGGAAGCGUGGUCGGAACGUAUGGCUGGGUAGACGCAGACGGGUAUUUGAGGCUCAACGACUACGUAGCCGAUUCGAAGGGUUACAGAAUAGUGAAGAACAAGAAGCUGUUCGUCGGCACCCAGACACCCGUCAGUCAAGCCGUGUCGGCCGCCAAGUACGUGCCACCGAUAGCUGGUACAGCCGUAUCGGUGUCGCCGUACCGGUCAGCCACGGCCACGAUCGUCACCAGGCCGCCGGCCGUCGUAGCGAUCACCCAAGCACCGCCCAGGGAAUCGUCGUGGCGCGGUUCACCAUUCGUGUACCCGUCCGACACCCAAUCUUCGCCGUUGCGGUUCCCAGCGGCCGGGUCACCAUCGCGUUCAGUGGCGUCUCAGUUCCGACGGCCGCAGCCGACCAGCACAGCGUCGCCCGUAGCCGACUACUAUUCCGUGCGGCCAGUGGACAUCAACUCGAUCGCGGCCACAUCUGACGGCGGAGACGGCGACGUCGACGCGCAACGACCGUACAGACGACGUUCGUCGUCGUCCACCGCGGCCACGGCCACGGCGUCCACGGCCGCGGAACAGCAGCCGCUGUACGAACAACCGUUACGGCCGCACACGUUCCGGCCCGCGUACCGCAAGGUGGUGGACAUGUCGGCCAGGACGACGCCGGGACCGAUGGCAGAACAGGAGCAGUACGACGGCGUGUCGUUCGUCCGGAACGGUUUCAAGUACUAUCUGCCCCGGCACUAUCACGAGGAACAGUCGGACGACUCGGGUGACACGCGCGCCGGCAGCUUCGGUUACGUGGACCCGUUCGGCAUCAGGCGGGUGGUUUACUACAACACAGCGCCCGGCACUGGGUUUGUGCACCGCAAGAACAACCGUUACGUGGGUCUCGACGCCGAGCCCUACGACCCACGUCCAUCGAAGUGAUCGGGCCACGGGCCCACGCCGACGACGGGUCCUGUAACAUGAACUGUUGGUCGUCGUCGUCGUCUUCGGAUUGGCCCACGUAACACGCGUGUACAUUAUAUUAUACAGCAGAACCAUAACAAACCAUAACCCCGAGCAGCCGGUCGCAGGGGGAUGCGCGCGCAUAUGGUAAUAAUAAUGAUAAUAUCGUAGCCAUGAUAUUAUAUUAUCUAUCUUUGCGUCACGUAAUAAUAUUAUUAUUAUGUCGUGGAUGAUGACGGUUGUAUUAUUAUUAUUAUUAUUAUUAUUACGCACACGAGCCAUAACACAAAUUUAAAGAAUCAUCAUCCCCUCCUCCUCCGGUGCAGCCACAGCGGCGAUGCUCGAUAGGUACCGAUAUAGGUAGGUAGUUGUAAUGAUUAGUGUUAAAUUUUUAUAUUUUUUUUCUGCGAUUCUCUCGCCCCUCUUACUACAAUUUUCUUUUGUCGCCUAUAUAUAAUAUUAAUGAUAACUACUACUAUAAUAGACGUCGCACGCAGGGCGUUAUAAUACUAAGUAGAAAAACUCGCAAUUUAUUAGAAUAUUAUUAUAAACUACACACUCGGAGACAAUCGGUGGGCGUGCGUUACGACUGGAGACUUGAUGCGAACCGCACAAUAAAAUACGCAAUAGGUAAUAAUAUAUUAUGUGUAAUUAUUUUCAAGACAUCGCCAUUAGUGUCGCCGUUCAACGGUGACGAUAACCGGUAUAGGCUGAGUGUAGACUAUAUUACUAUAUUGACACUGCUAUAAUCUUAGUGAAUAAUAAUUAAUUUUUAGCUCUAUGGGUACGCAGCGCCCAGUGGUGUAUUGAUAAUAAGGUGUUUAGAUGAAACAGCUAAUUGAUCGCCGAUAUACCGUGUGUCCACAAAAACAGAGUAUACCGAAAAAUUUAAGUUGUCCCGCAUGCUCAAGAUUUAAAAAUUGUUCUUCAUAGAAAUUGUAUGAUCCAAUAGUUGUUUAGUCUCAUGUCCUGCAAAUAGAAUUCAAAAAUACGUAGGUAUAGAGGGUACUGAGGAGAAGUAACUGAGUUAUAGCAGAGUUUACCUCGGUUUUGUGGACAAACGGUACUUUAAUAUUUUGUCAGUUACUGCGCAGACAGCCAAGAAUCGUUCUACGGACAUUUUAUAGAGUUUAAAAAAAAUUGGAACAAUAUUCUUAUUUUUUUUUUAAAUGUAUAUCAAUAAAUGUAUUGAUUAGAACAUAUUCGUAUUGUGUACCACCUGAAUGAUUUUCAAGCACACCACUGGAACGUUGCAGUACCUUUUAAUGCAUUAUAAAUGUAUAUGUUUUCAUCAACCUAAAUGCACGUUAAUAAUGCGGGUUAUUAAUUUAAGUCUCUUUUUAUAACUAUGCCUCAAUCUCGAUAAUGUGUGUACAGCUAGUCAAAAUGA